GAACACAAAGCAAAGAGUUGAAAGAGAGUUAACAUUGAGAAAAUGAAGAAGUUAUCAAUGGUCUGCAUUAUGUUAGUUGUGACAUUAGCAGUAGCAGCAAUGGCUACUAUAGAAGACGACGAAAAAGAUUGUGCAGACCAACUCACAACUCUAGCAGCAUGCAUUCCAUAUGUGAGUGGCACAGCAAAGAAGCCAACUGCUGAAUGUUGUGAGGAUACUCAGAAAGUUAAAGCUGCUAAGCCUAAAUGCCUUUGUGUUCUUAUCAAAGAGAGCACUGAUCCCUCUUUAGGCCUCCCUAUCAACACUACUUUGGCUCUUCAAAUGCCCUCUGCUUGCAAUAUUGAUGCUAAAGUCUCUGAUUGCCCAUCAAUACUGAAGCUCCCAGCAGAUUCACCAGAUGCAAAGAUCUUUAAAAUAGAUGGUGCAGAUUCCACUUCUACUUCAUCUGGAACCUCAACACCAGCUUCCUCUUCUAGUUCAGACGCCAAGAAUUCUAGUACUACAACUACAGGCACCAAUGGGGUUGCAGACCAGAGCAUCAGCUUCAUGUUGACUAUGGCACUGACAUCAAUUGCACUCAUCUUCAUUUAGAAUUUGAC